AUGUCUGUGCUUCUUCAGACCCAGCUAGAGCAUGUCGCUGCGACCAUUGCGCAGAGGCUAGACACUUUGAAAGUUGACUAUGCCAUGAUGGGUGGUGCCGCCGUGUGCCUUAUGGCACCUGAUCCGCAGCACGCUACGGAAGAUGUGGACCUGGUGAUCCGUGUCGAUCACCGAUCCAUCACUGCAGACCUCCUUAAGAACAAGCUCUUGACAUCCUUCCCUUCCGACUUCGCCCCCGUCAGUCAAUUCGGCCACAAUAUCCCGGGAUACAAGCUACGAUUGCCCGGAGGCGCGAGCUGGCCAAACCGACCCCAAUACGAUCUUCAAACCGCCGCUCGAGUGACACAGAACAUCAACGGAUACCAGGUCAAGUCUUUUAGUGCUGAAUGGAUCAUACGCGAGAAGAUCCGAUCGCAGUACCAGCGCCAUGGUGCCAAGCAGGCAGUUGAUCUCCAAGACGUAGAGAACCUGCUGAGCUAUGCUAUCCCUGGUAAAUCGGAGCUUGACUUUGAUGAUGAUCAGAAACUGCAAGACGCCUUGGCAACACUUUUGAAGCGUAAGCCCAAACUGCGCGGCGACUUGAAGGAGGCUUUCCAAUGCCAGGCUGUCUUCGGCAAUUAG